CUCCGUCUCUGUCUCCCUCACUCCCAAUCAAUAACCCAAUUAUUUAGGGUUUUCUUCCCUCCUAGGGUUUCUCUAUUUCCAAAAUCCAUCAACCAAUCUUCGGCGAUUGCCGUCGUCCCGAUAAUCAAUCAAUUAUGACCGGAAAGGCGAAGCCAAAGAAGCAUACGGCGAAGGAGAUCGCGGCGAAGGUCGAUGCAGCCACCACAAACAGAGGCGGAGGGAAGGCAGGACAGAAAGACAGGACGGGACAAGAUAAAGGAGGUCACGCCAAGUAUGAGUGUCCUCACUGUAAAGUCACCGCUCCUGACCUGAAAUCUAUGCAGAUCCAUCACGAGGCUCGCCACCCAAAGCUUCCCUACGAGGAAGAUAAGCUCGUGAAUCUACAUGCUGUCCAUGUUGCCGAUUCAUCCUCCAAACCGCGUCCCGGCGUUAGGGGCAGCCACAAAAAGUGAAGGGUGAGGGCCAAACUUAAAAAAACUACUACUUCCCAUGUUUUCCUUUUUUUUUUUUUUCCUUUUUAAUGUUUUCUUGGGUACGAUCUGGUUGUGUUUUUCCUUUCUGGUGCUUGUGGGAAGCUAUGAUGUUUUCAGUUAACAUAACAAGGGAGUUCCUAGCAUCUGCUUUGAUAGUGGGAUGGAAUGUAUAUUAGAGAUAUGUUAUUAUUAUGGUAAUUAUGAAGCGGGUAUGGCCUUAUUGGUAACUUUUCUGCCUUUAAUGAGUUGAAUUUAAUGGGAGUUGUUGGUUAUGUUUACACUA